AUGCCUAACAAAAAGAGCCUUCGAGUUCAACUCCGCCAGGAGAUCAAGCGGAGCAGAAUACAGGUCGAACCCCCACAUCGAGCUCGCCUUGCUGCUUCCCGAGUUUCAUCUGCACCUUCAACACCAGCUCCCAUGACUCCAAUUCACUCAAACCCAUCUCAGUCGACACGAGCUUCUUCCUAUACGAACUCAAUAGAUGCUCUCUUCGAAGAAGAUGAUACAAAUGGCAGCGACAGUGAGACGCCGCUCUUCCAUGACAGCGCCAACAAUCCCUUUGGUAGUCCUGGAGUCCUGGGGAGAGCGGGAAGUGAAUUCAUGCGGCCGCAGACGAGGGAGCAACAAGAUCAACAGCGUCUCAGGAAGCUGGUGGCAGAUCAUGACGAGAGCCAGAGGUUACAUUCCAGGACGAGGUCUAGUAGAGAGGACUCGGCAUUGGUAGGGCUCAGAAAGGAACUCGAGGGGUUGCUUAUGCGGGAGCUGGGGGAAGUCAACUGGGAAGAAAAGGCCCGGAUCCGUGGUCAAAGGAGUGAGUUGAUCCAGAAGAUUGCCAGGAUCGAAUCAGCGGACCAGCAUAAGAGAGAUCGGAGAUUAAAAGCAACCUCGGACAGUACCGGUGGAGCUCUACCAGAGCCGAUAAGCCCCAAAGAGAAGAAGACUCUGAUGUUGCAGGCUGAGAACUUGGCCAAGGCCCGAGCUGGUAUUGAGGUGUCGCCCCUCAAGCGGGCGCGCGAGGACGAUGACCACGACCUGGACGGCGAGGAGCGUCUCCGGCUAGGCAGGCCCGUCAAGAAACGUGCCACCACACACGCCACAGGCCAUUGGAAGGCGUCGAUACACGACUACUUCCCAGACGCCGACGGUGACGGCAAGGUGGGCAAGCUGGAUGGUGUGAGCUUGGAGGAGAAGAAGACACUGCGAAGGGAGCUGGCUGACUAUGCGGCAAAUCUGGCCAAGGCGGAGAGGAGGAGGAAGUCCUCGGCAAAGUAG